AUGGGAUUUGAAGAUAGAAGGGAUAGUUGGUUUCCAAAUGCUGAACACAGACACUGUGUUAGGCUUUUAUAUAACAAUUUCAAGGCCAAGCAUCCGGGAGAGGGGCUAAAACAAUUGAUUUGGAAUGCAGCAAGAUCAAGCAUUGUGGUGUGGUUCAACAAGAAUAUGGCUGAUCUAAGGAAGCUAAGUGAGGCAGCUUGGACUUGGUUUCAGGACAAGAAUCCAGCACAAUGGUCUAAGGCAUACUUCAGAGAUGAGUCCAGGUGUGACAUACUGCUCAACAACCUUUCCAUUGUGCCAGCUAGAGAUAAGCCUAUCAUAACAAUGUUAGAAAAGAUUACAAUGGAUAUGAUGGUGAGGCAAUCAAACAGAAGAGUGGCUUGUGAAAGGUGGAAGGAUUUGGUUGUAUCUAGAAUCAAGAAGAUCAUUGACAAGACUAGUCAGAGAGCAACAGAAUACAGAGCACAUAGAGCUGGGGAGCUCAUAUUCCAGAUCACUGGCUGUGGAGAGCAUGACAGCAAACAUGCUGUAGAUCUGGGCCUCCAUACUUGCACCUGUAAGAUGUGGCAGUUGAGUGGGAUACCCUGUGUUCAUGCCAUCUGUGCAAUAAGGUUCAAGAAACAGGAAGCUGCAUUAUAUUGUGAUGACUACCUUAUGCCCUCAACCUAUAUGGAGGCCUACAACCCCAUAAUCUACCCUAUUGUUGGCCAAGAGGAUUGA